UGUUUAUUGAAAAUUGAAAUAAAAGUUGAAAUCGGACAACAUGAGGCACGUCCAGUUCCUGGCCCGCACUGUGCUAGUGCAAAAUAACAAUGUGGAAGAGGCCUGCCGCAUGCUCAACCGCGUGCUGGGAAAGGAAGAGAUUCUUGAUCAGUUUCGCCGCACGCGUUUCUAUGAGAAGCCCUACCAGGUGCGUCGCCGUGUGAACUUUGAGAAGUGCAAAGCCAUCUACAAUGAAGACAUGAACCGCAAAAUACAGUUUGUGCUCCGCAAGAACCGUGUUGAACCUUUCCCCGGCUGCAGUUAGUUUCCUAGGCUCUUCGUAGUGUUCUUAAUGUAAUAAAUCUAAGAAAACUUGUUGGUAAA